AUGUUGCAAAAGUCAUUGUACUUGAAUAUGAUAAAAUUAUUAUGGUUUAAUAUUAGUGUUGAGGGAAUACGUUCCUUGGUGUUAACGCGAGCCGUGUGUAGUAAUACUUUUUUAUUUUGUGGAUUAAUUAAUGUGGAUGUGUUACAGAACUUGUUGGUGGCGAGUGUGGCGGUGUUGGCGAUGGCAGAGCCGCCCCCAAGAUACCCAGACCCUACUCCAUAUGCCCCGGUACCCUCAUACCCUUCCCACUCACGAUACCCAAAAGAAGAAUACCAGGUCAUCCUACCCAAAUACGCCUUCAAUUAUGGCGUCUCAGAUGAGUACUCGGGCACCAACUUCGGCCACUCUGAGGUCCGCGACGGCUACAAGACUGAGGGCAGCUACUCGGUGGACCUCCCAGACGGUCGCAAACAGAUCGUCAAUUACGUGGACAAUGGUGAUGGUCUGGAGGCCCAGGUCACCUACGAGGGAGAAGCCCACUAUCCGGAGUAUAAGCCAGAGUAUCAACCCGCCCCUGUGUACAAACCCAAACCCGCUUAUUCGCCGUAUGAACCUGAACCUGUUUACAAACCUGCUCCCGCCUACAAGCCAGUCCCCACCUAUCGGCCUGCCCCCAGUUAUGAACCAAUUCCAAAAUAUCCAACUCCUAUCUACGAACCGGCUCCUACUUAUAAGCCUGUGUCUAACUAUCCACCUCCAGCCUAUGAAGAGGAUGCUAGCUAUCCACCUCCAGCUUACAAGCCUGCCCCUAGUUAUCCACCUCCAGCUUAUGGGUUGUCUCCAAGUUACCCUGACCUUAGUUACAUCCCCACCUACCUCGAAAAUAGCGAUCCUGACUAUAAUCCUGACCCAAACUAUGCUUAAGGCAGCACCUCGGUGGGGCAGCACUUGUUCUACACGUCAGUUGAACCGCUCAAGGGUAAUGUAUGAAUGUUUCUAGUUUCAUUAAAGACUUU